UUCUGUGUCCAAAUUCAAACGUUUUUUAAAAAAUAUACAGAACGUAUAAUGAACUUUUCAAAUCAGUAAAAAAAAAUUACAGUUGUACUUGCAAACCAGCACAGAUACUUAAAAGUUCAUCGAAAUGGAUCAUUAAACCUUGGCCGACUUUACAUCCUUUGUACUCAGUAUCACAUGUCAGUAUUUUAGUUGUGGGAUCAGGGACAUCGCAGUAGAUAGCACACAAUCGGAGGAUAACAUUAUCACUGGUUUUACUGAUCAAACAACCUGCUGAUAGAGAGAAUAGCCCAGCACCAUCCCAUAUAGGAUUCUGAUAAAAAGCCAAAUAACCACUCACAACCGGAGGGACAUACUUGAGUAAGGUGGACCAUCUAGUCAGAGGUACUCAAUGAUGCAGCAGGUGGGAUAGAGGGAAAACUGUGUAGAAAGAAACGUAUAGAAACAGAAGGGGAUAAAGUUAUGACAUAACAACAAACGGAGUACAAGAAUCGUAAAAAGAGGUAGCAGAUGGUGUAUCUGAAUUUAAAAGGUAUCUGGCAACGUAAAACCGUGAACAUGAUGAACGUAAGGAAAGUACCCUUAAUCAUUGCGCUGACUAUUAUGACCAUCUUCUGUUCCAUGUUUACCGUGUAUAUGACAAUGUUUAAUCAUGGACCAGCAUCCGAAAUUUUGGAAGCUAACAGGCAAGUAGUAAGGAAGUCUGAGAAUUCCUUCAAAUUGGAUUCCUUAAAACUGGAUUCAAAUGGAGAACAAGAGGAGGAAAAGGAGUCUGAAAGUGCUCUGUCUGCAAAGAAAUGGCAAAAGUUUGUGGAUGAGAACAAAUUAGUCGCUAUCGGGGACGUUUACAACUCUUGUGACAAUAAAGACAGAAUCACGCUGGGGAAAGCUAUACUUCUACCCGAUGAAGAAACAGAAGGAUUAAAAGUGCGAACGUUCAUCAAUAUCACUUUAAAGAAAGCAUUGACAGAAGGAGAAUUUCUCAUAGAUGUCAAAUAUAAUGGCAAAGAUCUGUAUGACAACCACUGGGAAUUCUGCACCAUCGACGAAAACCAGAAAAAGAGACAAGUGUUCUGUCCAUACAAACCGGGCUUCUACGAAUGGGCAACCGACAAAAAAAUUCCAAAAUUUAUUCCUAAGAUCUAGAAUACUCCUACCAUCUCACCAAAACAUGUAGGCCUAGUCCGUUUCGGAAACUGUCAUGACGUCACAGUGACCUAAUUCGUAGCUGCAUAUACAUAGUAUGUAAACUUUCUGGGGAGCACUUAUGACUUUUACGACCAACUUUGCACGCUGGAAUGUUCUCGUUUAUCUUAAGAUCAUUCACUCCAAAGCAAAUUAAUAAGGAAUAAAAAUAAGAUUGAAAAUUAAACCUCAGAAAAGUUUUAAUUCAUUCAUUUAAACUAAUAACUGUGCAGUACUUUGUCGUAAUUUGUUUUGUAAAACCGGCCCCUGAGCCGUAGUAGAAUAAUGUUCUUGUAUUCGUAGAUGUUGCAGGAUAACCUCUUCCAUCUGGAAAUGUUGUUUGAAAUAUAAAAGCCUCAGCUGAUAUAUUUCAAAACAACAGUUCUCGACCUCCGAGUUUAUCCAUGCGACACCCACGAAAACGCGAAAUAACGCACGAUAUGGCAAUUGUAAGUCUGAAAUAUUCAAUGAAAGAAAAAGACAUCCCCUAUAAAGGUAUCACAAUAGCAAUGAACUGUAACUUCAAAAUGUAAAUAUAAAAGACGCUUUCUUUGUAUAUCUAUUCUUUUUUUCUUU